AUGUCUCAAGCCAUCUCUGCACCACCUUGGGACAAACCCAAACCCAACCUCGCCCAUAUGCCAACCGAGAUCUUCGAGAAAAUCAUAGGCUUCACCGUCCCGGACACAGUCGAAGUUUACUCCAAGUAUCACGUCAAAGGCUGCGAGCAAUACCGGCGCCACGAAUUCUUCUUGUAG